AUGUUUAGAAGGUUGGAAAUUGGUAUGCCAGACUCUAUUUUAAAGAAGAUGCUAUUGAGUUUAAUGAUUUUAGUGUUGUUAACUACCGUAGGAAGUUCGUAUCUCUUAAUUCCUGAAAUCUUUGAAGUUCUUGAGUCAGAUGAUCAGAUGUGUGAAACAGACAAAUACUUAAAAGGCCACAGACUGAAUAAUUUUGUAUUUACUAAAUUUACAGGAGUACGAGUUUUCAAAGUAUUUACAGUGACUUCACAACCGUUUAAUAUUGAGAAAUCUGUACAACUCGUUUAUUGUGAAGAUGGCAAGAAGGUGUAUCAGAAGAGAAUAAUUCAGGAAGAUAAAAAGAGUAACGAUAUAUAUUGGAAAGAAUCGUUUCCGAUUCAAUCUGGAGAUAAAAUGUCCUUCUUUAAAUUAUCCAGAAGGGAUGGUUAUAUCAAUCAUGAUAAGACAUAUGUCCUUCCAGGAUCAGUUAUUGGUGGAUUGUUUCAAUGCUACGAUUCAAAUUGUACCACUACAAGUUCUAGACCGUUAUUGCCAGUUUAUUCCUAUACGCAUAAAAAGAUGUGGACGGAGACAAUCAGAGGGCACUCCUUAACUAAUUGGACAAUCCAUAAGUAUAUUCCUUUAGUGUCAACCUCAAACGAUAAUAUAAAUUCUAAACAACAAUUGAAGUAUUUGCUAUCGGAUAAGAAAAGACAUAGGGCCCCAAAGAAAUAUGUUCAAGAUUUGUUUGAGAAAGGAUAA